AUGUCUCAGGCAACUCAUCAAGCUUUGGGAGAGAAAUAUGCCGCUCGGGAUCUCAUGACGGACACGCGCGACAAGGGCUUACAGGCCCAACUAUCGAACAUCUAUCGCGAUAUACUAGGACAGGCAGAUAGCAAUCAGAUAAGCUUGUGGAUUGCAUUGCGCUUCAUUCUCAAUAUCAGGUACUCGGGGGUGGACACCGCCGAUCCCUACACCGCACUGACGACGAGCGUGCGGCAGGAGGUAAACGAACUCGUUGAAGACAUCGAUAAAAUCAUCCAGAAUGCGAUCCCGGAUGCCAACAAUCGCCGCGGAUCCAUGGACAUCGCCUACGCGGACGUAGAUGCCCGCUUUGAGGGCCACCGUUGGUGUGAAGCCGGGGUGAAAGAGCCAGAUGCCACAAACCCCAGCACCUUCUUCUUCCUGAGCGGCUGGUCAGACAUAACUGAGGAAGGCGCCAUCCAGCAGGCCUUUUCUUCGGACGACGAAAGCGACUAUAUCAGCAGCCUGCAGGGACAGACGACCCUGACGCUGCCUGACGGUCGUACUUGCAACACAACGAUGGGGGCCAAUCCAGACCCCGUCGACGUGUACUGGUGUCAAGUGGCCGCGGCGGCCGUCAAUGAUACUGAUGGAGCGCUCGAGCAGAUGGCGUCCCGCGCCAGUAGCGAAGUCGCUGAUGGGAACUACACAACUCAGGAUAUUGGAUGA